UGCAAGUAGCUGCUUGCGUUUUUAAAUUGCCUGGAAAAACUGAUGCUGACGUGAAUGUUAAUUCCUUAAUAAUUGCUUGUCCCUGAGCUCUGUUUACUCAAAUUCUCUUGGAAAAGUUGGGAUUGAGCGUGGCAUUUAGAUUUGAUAGUAAGUAGGCCUAUGUCCAGUUCUACAGGAAACAGACAACAGAUUUUUAGAAGAGUUUAGCCUCCGGUCACAAAUGCGAUCUCGACUAUGAGUGAAACGGAGAGGAAGCGUCCGCUCAUUGCUGGCAGAGAAAAAGGGCCGGGACCUGGUCGAUACGUCCUUCCACCGGCUAUCGGCUUUGUAGGCCACGAUUUUACAAAGUGUACAAGUCCUGCCUACUCCUUCCAUGGCAGGAUGAAUGACAACAUGCAUAGCAUUGAUUCUAGUCCAGGGCCUAAAUAUCAUAUUGAUGCCAAACUGACUCGCUUUGGAAGAGACGGCACUCCUGCCUACUCCAUACAUGGCAGGACAGAAGGUCGAGCAGCAAUCUUCUCCACCCCUGGACCAGGAGCAUACAGUCCCGAGAAAGCUUCUCUGUGCAGCAUCCAUCGCAAUCCGCCGUCCCACACCAUGGGCUACCGCACUCAGUAUCGCUCCGUGGACACCGUACCUGCCCCGAACAAAUACACCCUCCCUUCUCUCAUGGGCUCCAACGUCUUGACCAAAACAUCUAGUGCCAGUUACACCAUCUCUGGAAGAUGCAAAUCUGGGGGUCCAUCUGAGGACUUAUCUAAAACUCCAGGUCCUGGUAGAUAUAACCGCACAGAUCCCAGUGUGUACCUCCCGAGGCAGCCUGCAUUCUCUAUGCUGGGCAGACACGCUGGGGCAAGGGAGUCCACAGUGGAACCAGGUCCUGGAAGUCAUAAUCCGGAAAAAGUGACAAUGCACAAGCCCAGACCUCCUGCUUUCUCUUUAGGAAUCAGGCACUCUGAGUUUGUGACACCUUUAAUAGUAGAUUAGCAAGCUAUAUUUGUACGUAUAGAAUUAUUUGGCUUUAGCUGGAAAAAUGUAAUUGCAUGUUUAAAAAUGUUUGAGAUUUGUCAUAGUCAACGCCGAUGUUCGGAUGGAAAUAUUCAGCAUUCUCACACCAUUCACACUGAAUUUCCAUGACAUUUUGGUCACUCGGAAUUAGUCUGGGGAAAAAAUUCUAAAAAUAAUUUCAGAUCAUACUUACAAAGAACCAUUUCUAGUCAAAAAAAAUAUUUUAGAACUAAGCAUUACUGCAACCAUAAUUUUAAGAUUUUAUAAAUUUCAGACUCUUCAAGUAACUCUGGGGGGGAAAAAUACAAAAAUAACUUUGAAGAGCUCAAAUUGAAAAAAAAAUAAAACAAAACAAAAAAAUACCUAAUAUAUACAAAACAAAAAAAGUCAAUUAAAUAUUUUAGACCUGAUUUUCAUAGCCUUUAGUAUCAUCAGUUUUCACAUAUAAAAGUGAAACUGAAUGCAUAAAAAAAAAAUGUUACUUGUAAUAAAAUAAAUGUGAACUGAAAUAAAAUAAAAAAUAAGAAAAAAAUAUUUCAGCUAGAUGCAAUGUUUCUCAAUUUAAUUAAACUUGUACUAAAAUGACUAAAAAAAAGAU